CCUGCGCGCGCGCGGGUGUGCGCGCGCGUGUGUGUGUGUCUGGCGCGCGUCCAGGGUGAUUUCCCAUAAACCACAUGCCCCACGAGCUUAAAAGGCCGCGCCGAGGCGCCGGCCAGCGGAGCCCGGCUCGGGGAAAGUGAAAGUCUGCCUGGCUCCGCCGGCGCCGCCGCUCGCGCCGCGCUCCGGGGACUCGGCGCGGCCCUCGGCCGGGGCGCGCACUCUGCAGCGAGCGAGGGCGGCCGACUCGCCGGGCCGGGACCCAGCUGCCCGUAUGACCGCGCGGGGCGCCGCCGGGCGCUGCCCUCCCACGACAUGGCUGGGCCCCUGGCUGUUGCUGGCCGGUCUCCUGGUGAGCAGGAGUGUCACCGAGGAGGUGCCGGAGAGCUGUAGUCACAUGAUUGGCAACGGACACCUGCAGAACCUACAGAAGCUGAUUGACAGCCAGAUGGAGACCUCAUGCCAAAUUACCUUUGAGUUUGUCGACCAGGAGCAGCUGAAGGAUCCCGUGUGCUACCUGAAGAAGGCAUUUCUGCUGGUGCAGGACAUUCUGGAGGACACCAUGCGAUUCAAAGACAACACCCCCAACGCCAACGUCAUCAUGCAGCUCCAGGAACUGUCUCUGAAUCUAAAGAGCUGCUUCACCAAGGACUAUGAGGAGCAGGACAAGGCCUGUGUCCGAACUUUCAAUGAGACGCCCCUCCAGUUGCUGGAGAAAAUCAAGAAUGUCUUUAAUGAGACAAAGUAUCUCCUUAAAAAUGACUGGAACGUUUUCAGCAAGAAUUGCAACAAGAGCUUUGCUAAGUGCUCCAGCCAAGAUGUGGUGACCAAGCCUGAUUGCAACUGCCUGUACCCCAAAGCCACCCCUAACAGUGGCCCGGCCUCUGCCCUCCCUCUGCAGCCCCUCGCCCCCUCCAAGGCCCCUCUGGCCAGCUUGAGCAGGGCUGGUUCUCGGGGGACGGAGGACAGCUCCCUCUUGCCCGUUGAGCAACCCCUUCACACAACGGAUCCGGGCAGUGCCAAGCAGCGACCCCCCAGGAGCACCUGUCAGAGCUUUGAGACGCUGGAGUCCCCCAGCGUAGAGGGCGGCCCCACCAGAAGUUCACCUCAGCCAGGCCCGGGGCUAGAGGAUGUUCUCAACUCUGUACUGGACACUAACUGGGAGCUGGAAGAGGCCUCUGGAGAGACAAGCGAGGAUCCUGACCCUCGCCAGGCAGAGCUCUCCUCUUCGAGGCCAGCCGGUGGCAGUGCCCAGGCGGGGACGGCCAGUGCCAUCAACUCCCUCCGUGAAGUGUCUCCACUCCCGGGAUCCACCAAGAGCCAGCAGCAGGCGGACGCUCCCAGCACCGUGAUGCCCGGGGUGGGGUCCCUGAGACCCACGAGCCUGGCUCCAAAGCACACGCCCCAGAAGACAGACGGUUCACUAGCCCUGCCCAGAGACCGCCGGGAUUCCGCCGGGACACCGACCCUCACCCCGCCAGGCCUCAGCAGCCCCUCCACCCUGUCCUCCCAGCCACACCUUUCUGGAAGCCCCGCUCUGUCCCUCGGGGAGCUGGAGGGCAAGAGGAGCACCAGGGAUCGGAGGAGCCCCACAGAGCUGGAAGGAGCAAGAGCCGGCGCAGGCGGCGUCUGGCCCCCGGCCCAUUUUAACUCAGUUCCUUUGACUGACGCAGGCCGAGGCAGCCAGCCCGCAGGACUCUCCGACCCUCAGCUCUCCAGUUUUGUCUUCCGCCUCUUGGUGCCAGGCGUCAUCCUGGUCCUGCUCGCUGUUGGCGGCCUGCUCUUCUACAGGUGGAAGCGGCGGCCCCCUGACUCAGGAUGCAGACAGACAGGUGGAAGCACCAGUGUAGGGGAAUCUCAGCUGGGCACACAGGACCGUCUCUCCAUGGGAGAUGUUACGGGGGUGUCCACCCCCCCUGCCCCAGCCAUUCUCCUGGGAAGGUGGCCCACCCGCCACGGGAGCUCCUGCCUGCCCCAGACUGGACCAGAGCAGCGCGGUGGGGCACGGCCGCAUCAACCCUCACUCUGGACUCGAGGGGCCGGAGGAGGCCCUCCAUGCUGCUGAUUGUUCUCGCAGGCCUCAGGGGCUCCUGGCCAGCGCUACCGACCACCCUGUGGCCCUCCGGGGCCCCAGCCUCCUCCUGCCUCCUGCCCAGCCCGCCAGCCCGCAACGUGUGGGAGAGCAGGAUGGGCGCUGCGGGGGGCCCAGGGAGCCGACAGCGACGAGCAGGGACUUGUCUCCGGAGAGAGAAGCCUGAGCGCCACAGGGCGGGACGGUAUUGGCCGCAUCCAGCCAGGCCUCAGCCCCAUGGACGGAUGGCAGCCAAGGCUCCAGGGCCUGCUGCUUCGACGCCACGAGGGACCCGCACU